AUGGCUGCACAAGUGGAGGUACAGACUGGGGAGGUGGGAAGGACGGGUGUAGGGGGGCGACUGCACCUCAGCCCUCUGGCUGACUCCAGCAACAAGAGCCUAACAGAGGGCCCCUCCAACACCCAGGGCUCCCUCAUCAUCACUCCAGAGCCCAGUAAGCCUGUCCCUGCACCCAAACCACGGCUCACUCCCAAACCUUUCGCUGUGGAGAAAACCCCCACCAUCCGGCCCAUACUUGCUCCUAAGCCUAAUACCAAGCCCCGACCAGAGCCCACUCGCCUUACUUCUUACAAACCUGACCCUCCCAGUGGUCCAAAACCUCAGCAGCCGAAUGUCACCAGCAAACACAGGCCAGUGUCGACCAACCACAGCCGUCCUGUUCCUACCUCCUACAAACCCUCUCCCAAGUUGAGCAUGGGACAAACCACCAGGUCUGUAGCCCAGCCCUUCAAACCCACCCCUCUAACCCUUGGGGACCCCAGCAAACAAACUCCUUCCCAACCGGUGGGGCGUCAGAAGCCAGCUGCGGCAGGCUUGUCCCACUCACAAGGCCCUAAGAAACCCCCUUCAGCAGAAUGGUCCGGAUCCACCAAACAGGAGAAGGAAUGUGGCAAAACAGCAUCCAGUAUCAGAGCUGGAGGAGCCUCUCUGACCAGAGCCAAGUCAAUGGGCUUCCUCCGUCAGAUAGGGCUAGAGGGGGAGGAGAGGAAGGGGGAUGAAGGGCCAGAGGUCACAGUCCAACUCCGACCCCAGUCUACAGGCUCCAGACCCAGACCUGUGUCGGCCAUCUUCCUGCCCUCUCCCACUCAGCUGGAGUCGUCCACCCCAGCUGAUCGCUGGGUAGGGAGACGGCCCCUUUCAGCCGACCUCACCUCCAAGUUUGAGUCCAUUGGCCUGUCGCUGCACCGCGGCCAUCCUGCCAAGACCGGCAGCAAGGAAAACACUCCAGAGGAGGGGGCACUGCUACGGAGGAGGGAGAAGGAAGCAGAGGGGACCACUGUUACACCACCGGCCCCAGACAUUCCUCUCUGUGUUGCUGCUCAAGGACUGGAGCCUCACUCUCCAGUGCAGCCAGUCCCAGAGGUAGAUGUACCACUGGGUGGUGUUAAACAGCGAAUCAAGAAGCUAACAAUAGAUACUGUUACGCCACCUGCUCAGACCCCAGCUGUUAAACCACCGUUCAAGCCCCGCCCUCUGCCCCCUGACCUGACCAAAAGGUUUGGCUCUGAGAAGUCCACAGACCUCGGCAGUCCCUCCCCCAGUGAGGCGACAGACCGCCAUGGGAGUGACACUGAUCCUCAAAGGAGGGGGCAGGACUCAGUCUUCAUCUUCAGUGACCAAAGAAAGGUGGAUGAAGACACCAGAGGGUCCAAAGAGCAGCCCACCCAGGCCUCUUCCGACCCCUCAGCUGGAAGGACUGCGGCAUGGCGGGGGAUGGAGAUUGAGGCCCAGGAGAGCCACCCGAGCAGUGGGGUGCAGACUGUGCGAGCAGCCCUGUUUGAGAACGUGGUGGAGAGACACAGCGUGAUGGAGGAGGACAGGGCGCAGAGCAUCACAAAGAACUGUCCAAAGAGAAGUGUCUCUCUCAAACUGGGGGAUGGGGAGAACGGCGGCAGCCUGGUCACCUCCCCCUACCGCGAGCCUGUGUCCCCCUCCAGCCCGCUCCGUGUGGAGCACUUGUUCGACACGGUGCAGGCGGUGGGAGAGAGGAGAGCCGUUAGUGAGAGUCUCCCCUCGGCUCAGCUGGAAGACAAGGCCAUGACCCUCCGUUCCAGGCGUUCUGAGGGGAACAGGCCAGCUAGGGCUGAGCCAGUGGAGGAGAUAUCUGCUCAGGUCCAAGGAGACCUCAGUUCGGCUCAGAGGGGAGCACCAGCCUCCCAACAUGAACAGGGACCAUGCUACCUGAGGGUUGGAGCUCUGCAGAAGUGGAAUACCGCUGAGGUGGAUAGGGGGGCAGAGGAGAGACAGAGAGAGCUGGAGAGACAGAAAGAGUUUGAAAAGGAGAGGCAGAAACAGUUAGACUUAGAGAGACAGAGGGUUGAAGAGUUGGAGAGAAUAAAAGAAAUGGAGAGAAGGCAACUGUUUAGGUUUGAAAAACAGAAGCAGGCUGAGAGAGAGAGACAACAGCUUCUGGAGCUUGAAAAGCAGAGACUGAGAGAGAAGAUGGAGAAAGAGGAGCAGGAGAAGAUGAGACAACAAGCAAUACAACAGGAGGUAGACAGACAGAGGGAGUUGGAGAGGGAGAGACAAAAAGAGUUGGGGAGAAAAGGGCAGCGUGAUCUGGAAAUACAAAGACAGAGAGAGUUGGAGAGGCAGAGACAGAAACAGUUUGACUUUAAGAGACAGGAGUUGGAAAACCAGAGGGAGAGACAGAGGGUAGAGGCAUUGGAGAGAAUAACAGACCUGGAGAGAAGACAACUGAUUGAGAAACAGAAACAGAAUGAGCGAGAGAGACAACAUCUUCAUGAGCUUGAAAAGCAGAGACUGAGGGAGAAGAUGGAGAAAGAGGAGCAGGAGAAGAUGAGACCGGUAGCUAGACAACAGGAGGAGAGACAGAGGAGAGAGAACCAGGAGAGGGGGGUGCUGGACUCCUUACCUCUCAGACCUAAAGUGCUGGAUCUAGACUCUGUGUCUCUGGGUGACCAGCACUCCAGAGGCAGUUCCCACUCCCCUGGUGUCCGAUGGAAGCAGCCCUCUCCCCGAGCAGAAGACCACUACAGGCCUGGCAUCCUGGACAUAGACUCAUUCAGGUCCCAGACCCAGAUGCAGCCCUCGCCCACUAGAGAGGUGUUCCCUAUCGCUGGCAUCAAGGGCUCAGACCCAGGUAGUGGGGUGAGAUCCCACACUCCAGAGAGGGAAGGUAGCCGUAGGGUGGGUGCAGUUGGGCGACCCAGCCCAGUGUGGGCCCCCUCUCAGCAGGAGCUGUGGGAGCAAAGGCUAGGCAUCGAUGAGGAAUCAGUGGAUAGGCCCAUGGCUGGACCAGAGCCACCCAGGAAGCCUGCCAAUAAACCCAGCCUGGAGCAGCUCCUCCACAGGCAGUUGGACAGGGUCACGGCCCCCAUCCUGGUCCCAGAGAGACGCUGGUCUGGUAUGCCCAGUGAACCAUCUUUCCCCAGGAGAGAGCCCCACAGCCUUGGGUCCCCCAUGGAGCAGGCCUGGUUCCCCCAGGACUCUGAGCCCCAGGGGCACAUGGUAGAGGCCAGAGGACAGAGGAGAUCUCAGGGCUCCCAGGAGCUGAACCGGAUGAGGUCCCGCAGUGUGUCCCGUCGAUCGGCCCCGUCUGAGAGUGCUGUGGAGGGGACCCUGUCCAGGAUGAGGAGCAGGAGUGCACAUAGAGAGAGGGGCCAACAGAGCUGGGAGCAGUUGAAGCAGAGUGUGGAUGGUGAGGAAGAGGGGAGGGACAUAGACACACUGGUCCACGAGACAGACAGCCAGUACGGGACCUGGGAGACAGGACUGCGCACUGACGAUAGCCUGACUCCUGCCACGCCCACCUCAGACGGCAACCUCAGCCCGUCGCCUAGGAAACCCAUUCCGACCCACACACCAGGGGAACAUGCUCCACCAAGUGACCUGGACACUCCAGAUGGCUUCUCCCCCUCGGUCAAGCCCGAGAUGCAACUACUCCCCUUCCCUGAGGCCUCCACCAUCCUGCUGGACUCCAGUGCUCUGCGGUCCAGGGUGCAGUUGAGUAAGAUGCGGGGGCCACGUUCGCGCCCCUCCAGGGUGGCUCGUCAGACUGCUGCUCUGUCUGUACACCCGGAGGGACAAGCCACACCCACUGAGGACUGGCGCUCCCGAGACUCCACAGAGGACAUUGAGUCUUCCAAGCAGCAAGACUCGGACUCUGAGGAGCAGGAGAGAGGAGCAGACCCCCGCUCUGCUGCUGCCUCCUCCCAGCCCCAGAGAGUCGCCCUCUUUCCUGGGAUGGACCCCUCCACUCUCAAGGCCCAGCUCAAGAAGAGAGGCGACUCUGACAAUCAGACAGACGGAGCCGCCCCAUCUCCCUCCCAGCUGUCCCGUUCUCCUAAAUCCCCCUUCCUGCCCCGGGCAUCCCUUGUGCUGCCCCCCUCCGGAGGGAAAGAAAAUGGGGAGGAGGCCUCACCACAGUGGCUGAGAGAGCUGAAGUCUAAGAAGCGCUUGAGUCAGUAUGAAAAUGACAGCUAAGUGUGAAUGAGCAGGUUGCCUUAAAACUGAAUAAUCUGUUGGAGAAUUGGAGACAGAAGCCUUAACCUUUGACCCUGAGAAGAUGGAAACUGCUGCUGUAAUUUGUCAUCUGUUUGUUCAUUUUAUCUGUUCUCUUCCUGCCUGGGUCACAUACAUGUGCAUGGUGCCUUUUGCAGACAACCUUGGUCUUAUGGAUGAAACGAGCCAGGGUAAACAUCUGGCUGCUCGCCUCCAGCUUGUUCAUUUCCUUUGCAUAGAGCCACUUUACCCUCUCACCUGACAGGGGAGACUACGGAAGGGGGGAAACCCAUUCUCUCCUGUCAGGUUGCAUUUCAGGACUGGUUAAACUUGUGGGACCACACGCCUCUUAACCUGGAAGUGGUUCAAUAAGCUGGAGGACAGGGUAGUACCUCCACAAGAUAUAAUUGUAUUUCUUUUUUAAAUGUAUUUUUCAGGUUAGUCUAUGAGUUCCUAUGUGUAGCUAUCAGUCAAGGGGUGUUGGUAAUAGUCAACAAGCAUUGCCAUAGGAUAACAUUUUAUUUUAUUUUUUGUCAUUGAUCAUAAAGAACAAAAACACUGCUGAACUAAUGGUCAGCCAGGCUGUAUAUUAUGUGUUAGUAAUAAAUAUGGUAUCUAAUCAUGAAAUGUUAUAUUUGUAUUGUUGCUAAUUUGAAAGAUGAAUCAUAACAUGUCAGAGUGCUAGUUUUGUAUGGAGAGCAUUUCAAGUAUCACUACAGCAGAGGCUCCCAAGCCCAUUCCUCUGAUACACUCAGUGACUGAUGUCAUGAACUAACUGAGAAUCUGUUGUGUUGACCUAAUGCAGCCCCUUUUAACUGAGGCAGCAGCUACUCUUCCUGGGGUCCAGCAACAUUAAGGCAGUUAUAUACAAUUACAAAUAUUACAUGACAUUAC